AUGAAGCUGUAGUUCUUAAACCAGAGAAGUAGUCUGAGAAUACGAUUAUUCAAUUUUUCUCUCAAGCUACUAAGCUGUUUCUUAUACAUAAUUCGUGUGCUCCUGGAUGAUCCUACACAAGGACUUGGAUGGUCUCCUAUUAUUUGGGUGAAUCGAAGCUUGCCUUUAUGGGGAUUACAGGUUUCUGUGGCUUUAAUAAGUCUCCUUGAAACUCUGCUGCUGAGUUAUCUAAGCUACAAGGGAAAUAUCUGGGAACAAAUUGUGAGAAUACCCUUUCUCCUGGAAAUAAUUAAUGCUGUCCCUUUCAUCAUCACGAUUUUCUGGCCAGUCCUAAGAAACCUGUUUAUUCCUGUAUUUUUAAAUUGUUGGUUGGCAAAACAUGCUUUAGAGAAUAUGAUUAAUGAUCUUCAUAGAGCCAUCCAGCGCACACAGUCUGCAAUGUUUAACCAAGUCCUCAUUUUGAUAUCUACCUUACUGUGUCUUAUCUUCACUUGUAUUUGUGGAAUUCAGCAUCUGGAACGAGCAGGAAACAGGUUGACUCUCUUUGACUCCCUUUAUUUCUGCAUAGUGACAUUUUCCACUGUGGGCUUUGGGGAUGUUACACCCAAGAUAUGGCCUUCAAAGCUGCUUGUUGUCAUUAUGAUCUGUGUUGCCCUUGUGGUGCUGCCCAUACAGUUUGAACAGUUGGCAUAUUUGUGGAUGGAGAGACAAAAGUCUGGUGGAAACUACAGUCGACACAGAGCUCAGACAGAAAAACAUGUUGUGCUGUGUGUUAGCUCUUUGAAGAUUGACUUACUUAUGGAUUUCUUAAAUGAAUUUUAUGCUCAUCCCAGAUUGCAGGACUAUUACGUUGUUAUUUUGUGUCCUACUGAGAUGGAUGCUCAGGUCCGAAGGGUGUUACAAAUCCCAAUGUGGUCCCAACGAGUUAUCUAUCUGCAAGGCUCAGCACUAAAAGAUCAAGACCUGUUGAGAGCUAAAAUGGAUGAUGCUGAAGCUUGUUUCAUUCUGAGUAGCCGCUGUGAGGUGGACCGGACAGCAGCUGAUCAUCAAACCAUUUUAAGAGCAUGGGCAGUUAAAGACUUUGCUCCAAAUUGUCCUUUGUAUGUCCAAAUACUGAAACCUGAGAAUAAAUUCCACAUCAAGUUUGCAGAUCAUGUUGUAUGUGAAGAGGAAUUCAAAUAUGCUAUGCUAGCUCUAAAUUGUAUAUGCCCAGCUACCUCUACAUUAAUCACACUGCUGGUUCAUACAUCUAGGGGACAGGAGAGUCAGCAAUCACCAGAACAAUGGCAGAAAAUGUAUGGCAAAUGCUCUGGUAAUGAGGUGUAUCAUAUUAACCUGGAAGAAAGUAUGUUUUUUGCUGAGUAUGAGGGGAAAAGCUUCACAUAUGCUUCUUUCCAUGCACAUAAGAAGUUUGGAGUCUGUCUGAUUGGUGUUAGAAAGGAAGAUAACAAAAACAUUUUGCUGAAUCCAGGUCCUCGAUAUAUCAUGAGUUCUACAGAUACAUGUUUUUAUAUAAAUAUCACCAAAGAAGAGAAUUCUGCUUUUAAGAAGCAAGAAAAGCAUAAAAAACCCCAUGAAUCAAAAUUACCUUAUCAUGGAGCUUCUAGGUUACCUGUACACAGUAUAAUAGCCAGCAUGGGGACAGUGGCUAUCGAUUUACAAGAUACAGGAUGCCAAAUGUCCAGCGGAUCUACACUAGCUCUUCCUUCCGAGGGAGGCAAAGAGGGCAGACGGCCCAGUAUAGCACCUGUACUGGAGGUUGCAGACUCAUCCUCACUUCAGACAUGUGACCUGCUAAGUGAUCAGUCAGAAGAAGAUGAAACUACACCGUCAGAUGAUGAAGUGUCUGCAGGCUUAGAGUAUGCCAAAGGCUACCCUCCUUACUCUCCAUAUAUCGGAAGCUCUCCCACAUUCUGUCAUCUUCUGCAUGAAAAAGUACCUUUCUGUUGUCUAAGACUAGAUAAGGGAUGCCAACAUAACUACUACGAAGAUGCCAAAGCCUAUGGAUUCAAAAAUAAAUUGAUUAUAGUUGCAGCAGAAACUGCUGGAAAUGGCUUAUAUAACUUUAUUGUUCCACUCAGAGCUUAUUACCGACCAAAGAAAGAACUAAAUCCCAUUGUAUUACUCCUAGAUAACCCGCCAGAUAUGCAUUUUCUGGAUGCAAUCUGUUGGUUUCCAAUGGUUUACUACAUGGUGGGCUCUAUCGACAACCUAGAUGACUUAUUAAGAUGUGGGGUCACCUUUGCAGCUAAUAUGGUGGUGGUGGACAAAGAAAGUACAAUGAGUGCUGAGGAAGACUAUAUGGCAGAUGCUAAGACUAUUGUAAAUGUUCAAACACUCUUUAGGUUGUUCUCAAGCCUAAGCAUUAUCACAGAACUAACUCACCCAGCCAAUAUGAGAUUCAUGCAGUUCAGAGCCAAAGACUGCUAUUCUCUUGCUCUAUCCAAAUUAGAAAAGAAAGAGCGAGAGAAGGGAUCUAAUCUGGCAUUUAUGUUUCGACUGCCCUUCGCUGCUGGCAGAGUUUUCAGCAUCAGUAUGUUGGAUACGCUUCUUUAUCAGUCGUUUGUGAAAGAUUACAUGAUUUCUAUCACAAGACUUCUGCUGGGACUUGAUACCACACCAGGAUCUGGGUUUCUUUGUUCUAUGAAAAUCACAGAAGAAGAUCUAUGGAUUAGGACAUAUGCCAGACUAUAUCAGAAACUUUGUUCUUCUACAGGAGACAUUCCAAUUGGAGUUUAUAGGACAGAAUCCCAAAAGCUUACAACAUCCGAGUCUCAAAUAUCUAUCAGUGUGGAAGAAUGGGAAGACACCAAAGAACAGAUUAGUUAUCGUAGUAAUCAUCGUAACUCAACAUCUAGCGAUCAGUCUGAUCAUCCCUUGUUACGACGGAAAAGCAUGCAGUGGGCCCGACGGCUGAGCAGAAGAGUACCAAGACACUCUGGUAAAACAGCUGAGAAGAUAAACCAGCAGCGAAUGAACCUCUACAGGAGGUCAGAAAGACAGGAGCUUGCUGAACUUGUGAAAAACAGGAUGAAACAUCUGGGCCUUUCUCCAGCAGGAUAUGAUGAAAUGAACGAUCAUCAGAACACACUUUCUUACAUCCUGAUCAACCCUUCUCCAGAUACAAGAUUAGAGCUGAAUGAUAUAGUAUACUUGAUCCGACCUGAUCCAUUGGCUUAUGUUCCAAAUGCUGCAGCCAGCCGAAAAGACAGCUUCUGCAAUACAGUGGGACAAGACACCAGGGAGGAAACACAACUUUGA